AGUACCAUGGCUCUAAGUGGCAAUUGCAGGACUUACCUCCCCGCGAGAGAGCAGGGCCCGGGCGCGCUCUGCUUCCCGGAGGUGGUGGAGCUCAACGUGGGCGGCCAGGUCUACUUCACUCGCCACUCCACCUUGGUGGGCACCCCCCACUCCCUGCUCUGGAAAAUGUUCACCCCAAAGAGAGACACAGCCAACGACCUGGCCAAGGACUCCAAGGGAAGGUUCUUCAUCGACAGAGAUGGUUUCCUUUUUCGCUAUAUCCUAGACUAUCUCAGGGACAAGCAAGUGGUUCUGCCUGACCACUUCCCGGAGAAGGGGAGACUCAAGAGGGAGGCUGAGUAUUUCCAGCUCCCGGACUUGGUCAAACUCUUGACUCCUGAUGACAUCAAGCAAAGCCCAGAUGAUUAUUGCCACAGUGACUAUGAAGAGGUCUCCCAAAGUAGUGACAUGAGGAUCUGCCCGCCCUCCUCGCUCCUGCCGUCAGAUCGCAAGUGGGGCUUCAUCACCAUCGGCUACCGCGGGUCGUGCACGAUUGGCAGGGAGAGUCAAGCAGACGCCAAAUUCAGGAGGGUCCCAAGGAUUUUGGUUUGUGGAAGGAUUGCGCUAGUCAAAGAGGUCUUUGGAGAAAGUUUGAAUGAGAGCAGGGACCCAGACCGGGCUCCGGAAAGGUACACCUCCAGGUUUUAUCUCAAGUUCAAGCACCUGGAGAGGGCGUUCGACAUGUUGUCUGAGUGUGGAUUCCACAUGGUGGCCUGUAACUCCUCGGUGACGGCUUCCUUCAUCAAUCAGUACACAGACGAUAAGGUCUGGUCCAGCUACACUGAAUAUGUCUUCUACCGUGAGCCCUCCCGUUGGGCGUCCUCGCACUGCGACUGCUGCUGCAAGAAUGGCAAGGGGGACAAGGAGGGUGAGAGCGGCACGUCGUGCAACGAGCUCUCCACGUCAAGCUGCGACAGCCAGUCGGAGGCCAGCUCCCCCCAGGAGACCGUCAUUUGCGGCCCUGUCACCCGCCAGCCCAACAUACAGACUCUGGACCGGCCGCCCAAGAAGGGCCCCGUGCAGCUGCUGCAGCAGUCCGAGAUCCGCAGGAAGAGCGACCUGCUCCGAACUCUCACCUCGGGCUCCCGGGAGUCCAACUCCAGCAAGAAGAAGGCAGUGAAGGAAAAGCUUUCCAUUGAGGAGGAGCUGGAGAAAUGCAUCCAGGAUUUCCUCAAAAUCAAAAUCCCAGACAGGUUUCCAGAAAGGAAGCAUCCCUGGCAAUCUGAACUGCUGCGGAAGUACCAUCUAUAGGAGAGGGU